GCGAAGAACACGUUUCUCGUUGUUUGUCGCUUCUUCGUUACACGUGAUGAUGUUUCUUUAUGUGCAUGGAUCCUUAUGCUCGAUAUCGCGUUCGGUAGUUGUUGCGUGUAGUGUCAGUGCAUAAAGAGUGCGAAAAAGUGCGUGGUUAUGAGGGAGGCUGGUUUGGAGAGCGGGAUGGUCAGCUUUAAGAACAACAACGUAGACAGUGAUCAAUCAACGCCGCAUCGCCAUCUGCCCGGCAGUCUGAGAGGUUCUCUGAGUUACUCUCACAGUCACCGGCAUAACCAUCUUCACAGACAUGAUCCACCAUUACCACCGGCAUAUUGCACUCCACCUCCGCCUCCCACCUCGAGUUUCCCCACAGUACAGCGUAGCUGUGCCCUGCAUUCGAGGCUCGACCAGCCGGUGACCAGCUCGACGUCCGGAAUGGACAGCAAAAAGGUUGUCCAGGCGGCACCGGUCCCUGUACCUGUCCAGGUACGUAGCAAGAACGAUGGCUCGGGGGUGGUGGCAGCGUCCGUGUCGGGGGUACGGAGACGAAGCGGCUCCCAGGGUUUACGAUCGCCCGCCGCCAAGAGGCCACUCUCCGCCCCCGUGGCUCUUCAGGGAUGGCUACACAAACAGGGAUCCGAGGGGCUGAUGCUCUGGAAGAAACGGUGGUUCGUCCUCUCCGAGUACUGCCUCUUUUAUUACAAAGGUCCUGAAGAGGAGAAAUUAUUGGGUUCGAUAUUGUUGCCGUCGUACAGAGUUACCGUGUGCAAACCAGAGGACAAAGUUAACAGGAAGUUCGCGUUCAAAGCUGAACACGCGAACAUGAGGACCUAUCACUUCGCGGCCGACAGCCGUGAGAGCAUGAAUCAAUGGGUGAACGCAUUGACUUUGGCCACUCUCCUUCAGGAUCCAAGCCCCGGAGGCGGUGAGGCGGCGGUGGUGAUCGAGAUAGGAGGGCAGCAGGACGGCGAGCGAAGCGCGAGGCCAAGCGUCUCCUCCAUAUCCUCGAUCCUGAACCAGAGCGCGGACGACAGCGAUUCCGGUUUCCACGGUUUCCAGUCGCGCGACGAUCCCAGCCACGCGUCCAACAACAACUCCAGCCCGAACAGCGUGAACACCGCCUCCUUUCCUAACCUGAGCGGCAGCAAUGGGAACAGCAACAAUGGAAAUAGCAGCGGCAACAGCAACAACAACAACGCCACCAUCACCACCACCAACAACAACAACAACAUCAUCCUCGCCGGGAACAACAACAACAACAACUCGUCCAACGACGUCCAACCGAUGGUGAACGGCUGGAUCCAACAACAGCAAUCCCCUUACGGCCAACCGAGCACCUCUCAACAACAACAACAACAACAACAACAACAACAACAAUACAACCAAUUGAUAUCAUCCGUCGUGAUGGCCAGCCAACAAACCCCCCACCCUCAUCCCCACUCCCACCACCACCAAGCAUUGCUCCACCAAACUCACCUGCCCCAUCCAACCCAGAUCCUUCAACACAACAAGCAACAAGCCCAACAACCUCAACAAACCCAUCUGACCAACGUGCAAACUGUCCAACCUAUGCCGAGGAAGUUCGGCCAACCGAUUUACGCGAACGCGCCCCCUAAACCGAGGCGGAUAACCGACGGCUCGACCGAGUACUCCACCCCCUCCCCCGAUCCCGAUUACAGAAAAUCGCCCGUUUCGCCGGACGUCGCCACGAUGGCCACGGGCAGCAAGAGUCCAAUGUCCGACUACGAAAGGGGAAGCGUGAUCUAUGGAGGGGGAAGUAGAUCCGUUGCGGGGCAACCGUCGCAGCAGAGUCUCAGGACUGACAAGUCCGGUUUGAAUUACGGUUACGGGGGGGGCCAGGCGCAGGCGCAGACCGAGAGGCGCACACCUGACACGUACGGGCGCAGCGCGGCUAAACCGAGGUCGGGGAGAGGGAACGGCGAUUACGAGGAGGUUUACGGGGCGCCACAGUUGUACCAGAGGCCGGCAGGCCCCGUCGGAUACACGAAGGGGGCCUCACCCGCCCCCAUCCCGAUCCCCCUUUACGCGCAACAACAUCAUCAGUACCAGCACCCGAUACAUCCCGGCGUCGCGAACAUGCCGAUAAUGAGGCAGCCGAGGGCGCAGCCACCGCCACGGCCGCACAGCGCGGACUUCUUGGAGUACGAGGCGAUCAGGAAGCCUCAACAGCAGAUGCCGCCGCAAUGCGAGGAAUCGGUGAAUCAACAGAGGCGUCCACAGAGGCCUAAAUCGAGUUUAGACAUAGUCACUCCGUCGGACGCAGCGAACGAUGGAUACUUUUAUUCCGAGGAAAGAUACGCGGCACAGAUGCGGCAAUCCGCGGUUUAUCUCCACCAGACGCCCCAGCAUCACCAGCAACAAAGGAACCAAUCGCUUUCCCGGACGACAAUGCCCUCGAAAGCGACUGGGAUCCGCGACAGAAGCGACGAAAGUAGGAUAGCUACGCUACCGGAAGUUUCCUGCUCUGGCCUGAGGCGGGGACAACAACACGUUCAUCAGCAACACGUGAUACCUCACCAAUCGCUUCAACGGCAUACCGAAAUGAGCAGCAACGAGGCGAAGCUGAGGCGGUCGUUGCGGGAGAAGAGUUACGAGGCGAGCAGCCGAGAAAUGCUGAGUCAUAUGGCGGAGGAAGGGACGGUGCCGCGAAGAAUUCCACGCGAGUACGAGUGUUCGAUGGGGUGGGGAAACAGGGGGACGAGUCAGGGUAGCGCUCACGUGGGCCAACCGUGUCACGCUUCUCACGCCGCCGCCAGACGAUGGAACGAGCAGCAACAGUUCUGCAGGUCGGCAUCCGCGCGCCUACCGAGGACCAGGCACCCGGCCACCUUGGACCCCGACGACGACGAUUACGAACGAUCGUCCGAGCAGGACUCGCGGGAUGGUGAACGAAAGAUACAACAGCGCGAGGAGUCGAUGAAGCGGUUGCUGGAAUGGAAGCAGCGGAUGCUGCAGUCGCCGCUUACCCGGAAGCCAUCGGCCUCGGCAAACAGAGGCCGCGCGCAAAACGAGCUGUCCACCUAUUACAAGCAGCAGGCGCUACUCGAUCUCGCUGCCCACGAGGCGUCGGUCGCCGAGGGCCGCCACUCGAGGCGAAGGGAGGACGGUGGUCAUCGGCCGCACGCGCGCAGCAAGAGCACGGACGGGAGGAGGACUGUCGCCAACGUUUCGCGGUACAACAGCUACUCCAGCGACGACGAAGAGCUGGGAGAUGUCCGGAGGAAGCGAACGCGCAGACCCUCGCAUGCAGGGAUAAGGAGCCCCCGCCACCACUCGACAAUCGGAGACAACAACAACAACAACAACAGCAAUCGUGCUCCGGCUAAUUCGCAUCAAGAUGGCGGCGGCAUCCAUCGCGGGACUACCAACUGCGGCUACAACCACCAUCGCAACCACCGCAACCACUAUCAAACCGCGCAAAACGGUCGACGGACGGCGACCAACGACCGCCGAACGAGCCCCCCUCCCCCUCCCCACCCAAGCGGCACCAUACCGCCCGACGCGGGCUACGAGGAGGUGAGCUUCCCCUCCCCCCCCAGGAUCGAUCCUCCGCCACCUGCCGCCCAACUUGUCCCCACGGAGGAGCAAAGGUCGAACAAGGAGCUCGACGAGGAGGAAGAGGACGAAGAUGAAGACGAAGACGAAGAUGAGAAACGCGGGAAGAAAGCUGGUAUAUUGAAGACGUGCACGGUAUACGGUAACGAGGAACAAGGGUUGUUAGGGAGGACAGGUUCGGACACUUGGCAGAAGACGGUCCAGUGGGGAGGGAGGGGGGCAGAGGACGACUGGGAUUCGAACAUGGAGAGCAAGGUGGUGAGGGAAUUUUCUUACCAGUAUAUAAAGCCUAGGGAGGGGGUGGACGAGGAGGAGGAGGAGGAGGAGGAGGAGGUCAGGGUGGACAACCUGGUGCGAUACAGGAUACGCUCGUUCGAGAGCAACGCGUUUCUCGUGGAUGGGUCCCAGGUCAAGGAGGAGGAAUCGCUCGCUAUGCAGGAGCCGUUGAAGGUGUCCCCCCUCCAGGCGACCGAGGCGCACGUCUCGAAGCUGGAUUGCGCGAAGAAGUGGAAAGGAACGACUUCCGCCCCCUCCUCCGUCAUACGAAAUUUCGCUCUCGGCGAGUCGAGGCACGGCCGUGGAUCGUCGAAGGCCGACGAUUCGACGGCUCGAGUCGAGGGGGACGACGCAGGCCACGCUAAGCAAGCGUCCACGGACAGCAACAAAUCCGUGAAGGACCUGUUGGCCGAUUUCGAGAGGAAGUCGCGGGAGCAGGGCGCCAGUGGCAAGAUGGCGACGGCCGAGGCGAGGCAUCGCGGGGUGUUCAGCGACUCGGAGGCGCUGCUGUACGACACCGGCAGCGACCAAGAGCGCUGCGACAAGAACGAGGAGGAAGACGCGACGAAGACGAUCCGCCAUCGUCGUCACGACGGGGAUCCUUGCAGGAAGAGAGGCGACGUGGCCUUCAGACGCAACAAGGGAUCCUGUUCCGGGGCCGCUCAAACGGAGGAGGAGGAGGAGGAGGAGGAGGAAGAUGAAGAGGUCCUCGAGGAGGGGUUGUCGUCGUCGAAUCCGAGUCGAGGGGGGAGGUUGAGCGUGACCGAGUCCCUGUUGACCCACGUGGACGGGGAUCGCUCGUCCGACGAGAGCGGCACCACGAGUCCGACGAUAAAGCAGGAGGAGGAGUCCGUGAGCCCGGCCGAGGAGCACUACCUCCCCAUGUCGCCUAGGAAAGCGAUAUUGGACCCGAGCGACGAGAACAGGCCGAGCCCGAAGAUGAUGGAGAGCCUGUUCGCGAAUUUGGAGCACGAGGAGAGCUCGUACGUGGAGAUGGCCCAGAACGGGACAGGCCGUUCCCUGCUCGCCCCCUCGGCCGAAUACUCCACCCUGGACAACGCGCCCCACUACGAGUUCGUGUGCGUCUCUGACAGCAAGAUGGAGCCUGUAUACAUGGAGGUGAGCCAGUUGUCGGAGAAGGAGGAGGAGGAGGAGGAGGGGGGAGGAGGCAGGAAGAGGAGGUCGCGCGAGGAGUCGAGAGCGGCCGAUCUCCCCGACAUCUUGACGGCGUUGAAGUCGGACAGCUCGGACGCGGACGACGAGUCGUCCAAGGAUCUCGACUCGAUCGACGCGCCGAGACACCCCAGGUUCAGCUUGUCCGACACGUUCAGGCCGGCCUCGUAUUAUCUGGGCGCGAGCCGGGCCAUGAUAGCCGAGCUGCACGAUUCCUCGGACAGCGAGCUGGUCUCCCCGCCCCCUAUCCCAACCUCCCCCCCGCCCCUCGACGAGUUGGACUCGUUGGACGCGCAGGAGUCCUCCUCCAUCGAGAUGAAGAAAGUGUCGCCUCAAGUUCCGAGGACGGAGGCAAGCAGCAAGCAGCAGCAGCAGCAGCAGCACAGGCCAGCCUCGAGAUUCUCGGACGCGACGAUCGGGUCCGCGUUCAGGGACAGCCGAGUCUCUCUGGAGAGCGCCUCGGGCAGCGACUCGGUGGCGGCGGAGCCCCCCAGGACGGCCGAGGAGGAGGCGAGGCACAGACAGUUGAAGACGAGGCCCGUGAGCGAGGUGUGCGAGGUCCUGGACAGUUUGGACGAGUUGGAGUCGCUUGGCAGCCGCUUCGACGGGGCGAGCAUCGACCUGGACAGGUAUCUGGAGGAGUUGCAGGCGCGGGACGCGUUCAACGUCGACCUGUACGCGAGAGAGCCGAGUUACAACAACAUUUACGGGUUCAACGAGGGCGCGAUGGAGAAGCGGAAGGCGACUACGAUCAGCCACGACCCGUCAAGCGCGAGGCGAUUGAACGGCAGGGUGGCUCUCGAGGCGAGAUACGCGAACAAAAUGGGGUCGGCGAGCAGUUUGCCCUCGAUGAGGGUGAGCGACGCGCCACCGUCCCACCAGCACUCGCAAUCGUUCACGGGGGGGGACGCUCAUUACGAGAACAUCUCGAGCUUCUCACCGCUCAGGUGUUCGCCGGCCGUUCGAACGCCGGAGAACGAGACCGGUCACAGGCUUCGAAUCGGGUCUCAGAGCAAUCUGUUGGCCCCCUCGCACAGCAGGGAGUCGAGCUACUCGAUCUCCACCUCGAUGGCUUGCCAGAGGCCGGCCAGUGCCCAAUCCUCGUCCAUCCACCACCGCCACUCUCCCACCGCUUCGAAUUUGACGGUUGGCAACGCGACUGCCAGCCUUGCUACCCCUCCUCCCUAUCCCGACCAACAACGCUUCCAGAAUCAUCACUCGAGAUCGGCCAGUCAGGAUUCCGCCCGAUACUCGAACCGCAGAUCCUCGUCCAGCCAGGACUCCGCCCAUUUCUCGGUCAAACCUGCCGCCUGCCCACCUCAGUCGUACUUACCGAGCGAGCCUCGGCCCCACAGCCAGCAAUCGAGCGCCCCCUAUUACUACUCGGACCUCCAAGCGAGCUCGAACGCGGUGGACACGGUGGCCGAGGCAAGGGAGAAACCAGUUAUCGGUCACACGUCCAGGUUGCCGCAGUUGAACAAUCAGAGGGACGACGCCUCGGCUAUGAACAGCAAGAGGAACGACAUAGGCCGUAUAGUGAAUCCUAUCUCGAGGCAGGUGCCCAGACAGAUUCAGGUGGACGACAUCGACGAGGCGAGGCGGAUAGCGGCCGAGCUCAGGAAGACGACCUGCCAAUUGUUGGGCGACAACAAGGCGGACCUUGUCGACAAGAAGAACUUUUACGAAUCCGACACGCUGAGGAGGGUGAAGUCCACCGACCCUCUGCCCGACAUCUCCUCGCCCGAGAUCAACGCCAGGAACCUGUACCCGCACGGGUUGCGGGACAAGUCGAACGGGCAGCACACGAGUAAUCGGGAGGCGUUGGACGCGUCGCAGACGACGUCUCACAGAAGAUCGAGAUCGUUGGAGGGCCUGUUGGACGACGUCGGCCUUCAGAACCUGGUCGAGCAGCGAAACAGAAGCAACCGCGCGGUGGCCGCCGUUCAACCGACCCAGGUCGAGCAACCUGCUCCGAACGCGAGCAAUAAUAAUGAAAUGACCAUCAAUCGUCACCAAGUCUCCUCCUCGACGAGCAACUUCAACGCGGACGAUCCUUGGGAACAGGAUUUCCUCUGGAGGGAGAGCCUUCGAAGGGUGAGUUUGCGGAACGCCAGGUCGUUGGACAAUCUGGACAACCAAGCUCCCAGACAGCAGCCAACCGUGGCGCCAAAUUCGGACUCGAAAGGAGGAGGAGCGAGGAACAAGAUCACCCGUGGCGCCACCUACGUGAACGACAGCGUGAUUCUCUCGAGAGGAAGGGAUAACUUCUGCCCUCUGGAGGACAGGCCUCGAGUGAUGAAACGGAGAGGGGGAGAUAAGGGGCAGCGAGAGGAAGAUAGGGAGGAGGAGGAGGAGGUGGUCGACGAUCUGACGUACGAGAGCCUGUCGAUGGAGCGGAUUCACGCGGGGGGUUAUGUUUGGGACGCGCAGAACGAGGCCUAUCGCAAGGCGAGCACCAUCGACGCAACCACUACCACUACAACCGCAACCACGAACACUACUGCGAUCACCGAGGACAGAGAUCAUUUUUUAGAGGAAGGCAACCUUCCCUCGGUUCGCUCGAUCUCCGCGUCCGCGGCGUUCGAGCUCGAUCGGGAGAAGCUGCGACAGUGGGACCUGUUGUCGAGCGCCUGCUUACUCCAGGAACAGCAACAGCAACAGCAGCAGCAACAGCAACAGCAGCAGCAGCAGCGCGGCUCGAUGGCGGACUCGGGGCGAGGGUUGCCAAUCGUGGAACGGCCUGGAGACGUUCUCGACGCGUCGAGGAACAGUGGCGCCAACGCGUUCUCGUUGACCAAUCACGAUCGAGAUGUCGCUCUGAAGGCGCUCGAGUGCAAGGCCAGCACGACGAUUACGAGCGACAGGCAACAGCUGAACGAGACCAAGGAGGCUUGUAACAGGGCUGCAGCGUCCGGAUCUGGAUCGGUGAUAGGGAGGGAUCCACUUCCGCCGAGAGCUGUCAGCACUUCACAACUGGCUCAAAGAACGCAAACUCAACCCCCGGCUACGGUGUCCACCCUUCCAUUGCCGAGGAGCAAUGCCACGCACAGGCAGCCCCUGCCCCUUCACCAAUCCACCCCUCAAUCGGUCAGACAAUCGGAAAACGACAUGGCCAAUUCGCAGCUAUUACGAGUCGCCAGCAACGGUGACAUUGGAACCGGAUCUACGAUGUUGAACAACACCAACAACGAUGGAAAGGAUAUAAGGUUAACAUCUCCGGGCGGACACGCAACUCAACGAUUGAUGAGUCCGGCCGGGGCGUUAAGGGUCGUUUCCAUGAAUGACCACCGAGUCUCCAGCCCUAGUGACAGCGACAUACGAGUUCACAGUCCAAUUGAAAGGAAAAUGGUGAGCCCAAUCGGCAGAGAAGUGGAUCGUGGUGGAGGCACGGCUAUCAGGCAGAAUCAACGCGUAUGGGAGUACAAUGAGUUGCUGCACAAAAGGAGCAACCAGCGAGCAGAGGGUGGGUGCAAGUUGGCGCACCAGCAAGGAGCCCACGGACUGGUUCGCGUUUCCGCCGGUGAACUCCUCGGCAGGACCCACGAGGAGUUGGUGCUCCUGCUGAUCCAGCUACGCCGGCAGAACGCCACCAUCUACAAAGCGAUGGAGACCUGCCAGAUGGAGAUCGAGGCACAGGCUAGAUUGGCAGAACUCGAUACACCGCGACGAUUGGAGAACCUUCAGAAGCUCGACGAACUGAAGAAACACCUGAUGGAUCUCGAGAAGCAGUACGAGAAAGGCAAACCGCUGGUGAAUUUGGUCGACAAUAUGGUGAAGUUGGGCUCCCUGUACAAUCGCAACACUGCCAAUGGGACCAACAGUGUAUCCGGUUCACGACACGAUCUGGCGCACGACAAUUCGAGGGAUCAUCGGUUGGAAUUCAAUCAGAAGGUGCAGGAGCAACGUUUGCUUGCCGAGGAGCGAAGGGACUGGGACCGAUUGAGCCCCGACCAUGGACAAUUGCAGGCCAAGGUGCAGCAGCUCUACAAACUGGAUCGGUUGCUCCAGGAGGAAUCCGGAACACUUCACAGUCUUCAGCAAGACAAGGAGAUCCUGGAAAAAGCUCUAGGCGGCCUCCGGCACAAACUGCAAGGAAGCAGGAGCAAUUUGGCCGAGGCCGAGAGAUACAGGAAGCAACAGCUUCUGCUGGAAAAAGAGCUGAGCAGAGUGAGGGUGUUGUUGGCGCACAACUCGAAGGUAAAGCCGGUAUUCUUCCAGAAACUCGAAGAGACGGUGGCCGAGAAUGCGAGAUUGGAACAGGACCUGGUUGUGCUUCGACAGAAGCUUCAAGCGUCGAGAAGAUACGCGGGGAACGUGACCAGGGACACUUCGGCAACCACUGGCCCCCUCGAAGCGGAAUUGAGACGGGUUCAACAAUUGGUCGGUGAUCUGCAGAGACAACGAAAGGAAUUGAGUAUUCAAGUUAGACAGCUCACGGAGAAGUCUCAUAACUUGGUGCAGCAGAUCCGACCGCAACCUACUUCUGCUCCUCAAGUGCACCAGCCGAAGAAGCGGACGCAAAACUCUUGGUUGGAGACCGAUCUCGAUUCCGGAAUAACUUUGGAUCACGGUUUGGAUUCACCAUCGAGUCCUGCAUUAUCCUCCUCGCCUCGUGGCAAGCAGAACGGCGGACCGUAUCCGCAUUUCAGUUCACCGACGCAGAUCAAAGACUCGUCACCCACGAGUCGUCAGCAGCAAGCCAAUCUGCAAUCGUACCCUCAAUCGCCCCAGAAUCAUAUUUCUUCGCUCUCUCCUCAGUUACGUGAACAGAUCCAUCAGCAUCAAUUGAAGCAACAGCUUCUCAAGGAUCAGAUGCAAGGGAAAGGAAGUCUUAUACAAGCGAAUGUCGCUCCGUUGUAUAUAAACACAGAUUCUAGAAUUCAAGAGAACAACAAGCAAGACGGGAAUCUGACAAAUGGCGUAAUUCUUCCACCAGAGUACAUUCCACCUCCACCACCGCCACCCCUAAACGAAGAAGCGUUGCUGAACGAUAAUUACAGACAGAACGAGGACAACAAGUUUACCGGCUUGAUCCACAACCGUGAGAAACAAGAGAUUAAGACCGUGCGAAUAGUGAAGCGGGAAUCAGAAAGACGGCAAAGAGAUAGAGGAGACAGAACUGGAAACAUUGGAAUUCCAUUAACGAACGGGCUUCAGGCGCCCGGGGGUGCUAAGAGAUUGUGCGACGAUGAUUUAGGAGGUUCUCAGAAGUUCGAGAAGGCUCAAUUAGGAAAGGUGAUAGAAGAGUCGCCGAUGAUUCACGCUCAAAGCACAGUCCAGUUGACGGACUUGGACGACGUGCAGUUCCAAAGAAGCAUGUCCUUGCCGAGAGGUUUCGGCGGGCAACGGCUGCAACAGCCGGAGAUCCAUCAAGUUCCGGUUGUGCCUCCUCCUAGAAGCGAUAGCAUGCACGCCUUGAGAACCAUGCUGGCCAGACGUAAUAAGGUCAGGUUCGAAACGCAACAGGAAGGAAGCUCGGACAGUACUUUGUCGCCGUACACGGAGAGCCUCGCCUCGAGCACGCAUCUUCCUAUCAGCUCGCCAAAUUACUCGACCAGUCCGUCCUACAGUCCUAGUAGCCACCAGCAAAAUUACACGAUCAAAUCGAGCCAUCAUCACCAUCCGUACUAUACACCGUACAGGCAGUAUAAUGAGAGUCAAGGCAGUGUUCAGGAACCGAUAAGCCCGGAAUUGUUGACAUCGAGCAACCUCGAAGGUCAGGAGAAAGCUUACGGCUCGUCGUUGAAUGUAAACACGUCGAGCUCCUCGCCUCAAUUGUCGCCCGUGUUCAAGAGCGAGGCAGCAAGACAGAUCAUCAAGGAAAUGACGGAGAAAAAAGUCGAGGGACCGAGACGCAGGCAGAUCCCUCGCGAGAAAAGGCGACACUAUACCGUGUCCAGUAGCAAACCUAUCCUCGACCUAGAGGAUACGUUCUCAAAGAUGGGAAUGGGAAGAGCUAGAGACGAUUUGGACAUGGAACGAGCGCUCAGGCCGAGGAUCAAUGCUCCGGAUGUUGUCAGAUCGACCUUGAGCCACAAAGAGUUGAAGUAUAACGAGAGCACUAUCGAUCAACUUUUGGGAACGCCGAAUAAGAUCGUGAUUCCCGAAAGAUACAUACCUGAACAGACACCGGAAUUAACCGCGGAAGAGCAGGAGCAACGAUUGAAGAAAGCGGAAGCAAUAAGGAAGAUGUUGUCUGAAACAACCGUGACCGCGCCAGACGGAAGUGACGACAAUAUUAAUAUCGAGCAAUCUGAUAGUUUGAAGAGAAAAGUAGUGGAAGAAAAACGACAAAGGGAGCAUAUUCUACAAUUGAAUCAAAUUUUAGCUAAGCAAGUUAUGGAAAAGAGCAAGAUGGUGGCGGUGAAAGCACUGGCUACCCUUCCUUUGAAGACCGAAUCGAGCUUAGAAGACGAGGAUCUCUCACCUGUAACACCAUUACCACUAUAUCAGCAGAGGGAGAAUUAUUACUCAUAAGAAAAAUGAUAGAGAAGUUAAAAUCUCUCACACAGCUGAAAAAUCUUUUUAGCACAAAGUGAAAACGCUACUGCCAGCCCGGAACAACAGAGAAACAAACAUCUUUCUUCUUCAAACAUUUUUUGAAAUUUCAUAAAAAAGUGGUUUAUCUGACACUUGCUAUUAUGAUUAUAUUAACGAUUUAAAAAAAAGAAAAAAAGAUGUUUUUUUUUUUAUUUGCAUCGAUAUUGUACAUAAUCAUCGAUUUAAUAAACUGAUAAUAAAUAGCUGUCGUCUGAAUUGUCGAUAAGAAUUAGUAAUGUAAUGGAUGUCGAACAAAAUUAGAUGAAUAAUAUUUACGGAAGAAAAUAGUAAAUAUCCAAAUGAAAUUAUUUCAAAAAUAAAGAAACUUUUAAUUUUUUUUUUUUUUACUGCGUUCUCUUUCCUAAUCAAAUUCAAUUCCCUUUUUGUAACAUAUAUAGUUCAAUCGACUAAUAAUACCUUAUAUUUACUAUUUUCUACUUGAAAUGUUAUGAUCAUUUAAUUAUGACGUCGAGACAGGAUGGUUUCAAGUUUCGACUCGUAUGAAACUUUAAUCGUGUCAUUCAUUGGAUUACUGAAUCUAUGUUAAGAACACUUUUAACAAGAAAUUUCGAUGAAUAUUCUACUCUUAUACGGUCUUAUACAGUUUUUAAACGAUAAGCAUAUAUAAAACUCCAUCAUUAUAAAAUUAAAGACUUAUUAUGAGGCCUAUAUUUCGUAAUGUAAAUGUUGCUCGAACAUAAAAUAUUCUAGCGGUAUAAUAUUCUGAGACCAUUUAUGCUUGACGCCAUACUGCCUCGAUGUUUUCUCUUCUAUUCGAAGAGAAUGCUUCCACAAGUUUCUAUCACUAGCAAUAACAAUAAUAAUAAUAAUAAUAAUAAUAAUAAUAAUAAUAACAAUAACAGCAACAAUAAUAAUAAUAAUAACAACAAUAAUAAUCAUAAUAUUAAUAAUAAAUUAAGAAACAGCGAUCGCACAAUGCGGUUCAUUUAGAAAAUGACUGUAAUUCUUGUAACUUGUAUGAAUGCUAUUAUUUAGGAAAGGAAUCAAGUAUAAUAAUAAAAUAAAUAUUUAGGAACAUGGUUAAUCACUGAGUUCGGCUAAUAUUAGAUAAUUUGAAUGCUAUUCCAAUUUCUUGCUAGUAAUUGCUAGUAAUUUGUUAAAAAAAUAUUAUUUAGAUUCUAACAUUAAUUCUUAUAUAAUUUCAAUUUCCAUUUAAACAAAUCUAUUCUUUUUAUAAUUCUUUCAUUAAUAAAAGAUUCGUUUAUAAACUACAUAUUAGCCGAAUUCAGUUUUUGUUUGUUACACGAAACCAUGCUUUGCAAACUCGUCUUUCAAUCUUAAAUUUACAUUUACAUUUAUAUUUACUAACGUUAAUAGCAAAUAAUUUAUUGUAUGUAUGUACAUAUAUAUAUGUAUAUAUUGCAACGAGUUUGGGAAUCAUCGGUUCAAAUUGGUUUAUGUAAGAGGAACGAAUAUGUAUAUUAGAAAUAAGAUAGAAUAUAAGGUUGCGUUUAUGCUAGGUGCUAUGAGUAACGCAACAUAGUCAAAUAAUGAAUAAACAUAACCUCUAAAUAACGAUCAUAUUGAACUGACUGAGACGAGUCAUUUUUAGGUAUAAAACACCGAUCGAGGAUAUAUGAAAUUUGGAAAUAAGUUUUUCGAACAUCUGUGUAUACUCAGUGCUUUGUUUUUAAGUAUAUAAAGUGUAAUGAUUGAAUCAUCAAUGAAAUAUUCAAAAUUACAUGUCAACUAUCUUAUCAUAUAAGAAUUUAUAUUGCUCGUGUGGAUAAAUUGAAUAACACUUGUUCCAAUCAAGAAUAAUCUAACAAGUGAAAAACCAAUUAUACAAAAUAUUUCUUAAUUUUAAAAGGAUUAGAGUAUUCACUGAACUUUUUUUAAUAAAAUCUCUUACUUAACAGAAUAACGAUAAAAUGUUUAUUGAUAAAAAUAUGUGUUAUCAUUGAAAGUCUGCUAAUUAUUAUUACUAUAAAGGAUAAUUAUACAUCGUAUGACCGUUGACAAAAAGUGAACGUAAAAUUUAACAUGGUAUAUCCAUAUAUUCUGCAUUUGAUCGGUGUUUCCAUCCAUAAAUUGCUCCAAUUUCAACACGGUCAAAUGCAUAUGAUUUAUAUGACUCGCUAAUUAUUCGAGUACUCUCGACACUUUUAUUACAAACUUUCUCGUACAGAUAAGUGCAUUUGACUCGAUGUUGAAUCACUCGUAAUUUAAGAAACACAUAACACAUAUGUACGCUUUAGAAACGUCCUAUAAACAGCGCGUUCUACAUCGAUUUUCGCUACUUUCAACUUUUCGAAGUAGCGUGUAUUUAUGUUUUUCUAAGGUCGUUUCUCGUAUUAUUUAACGAAGGGAGAAAAAUAAGCUUUGAAAGUGCGACUAGAUAAGUUAUGUAUAGAAACUUAGAUGCGUGCAACAAUCGUUCAAUGUCGAAUCCAUUUAAUGGAAAUCGAUUGUCGGCGUGUCUUUCGAUAUAAUCGAAACUUAAUUCUUUGAAGCGAUAAUUGAAUUAAUUCCAAUUAUUAUUUUUCUUAUUAUCAUUAAGAUUAAACGCUCAGUUCAAGUUCUUCAAUUUUUUUUCUGCAAAUUGAAUUUAUCAAUUUUUAUUUCUAUCCAUGUCACAAUAAAACAAACUAGAAAGAAAUAUCCCAGAUAACAACGCUUCAAAGAAUUAAGAUAGAGCAUUUAGACGCGAAGCGUCGCAAAGGUGGACGAAUGUUUAUAAGCUAUCUUGCACUGUUGUAGCCUGUUAAAAAAAUUGUAGAACGUUCGAGCAAAAUUGAAGAGUGCCAAAUUACGCUAAAGCAGAUCGAUCGCGAAACACGGCGACUGCUCGUCAAUUAAAAGAAAGAAAGAAAGAGAGAGAAAAAAAAGAAGGAUGAAACCAGCAAGACUAACGCUCAGCACAAAAAAAGUAAGGUUAAACGUAAGGAUCUCCCCUCGACGACUGUCAAACCCCGAGAAAAAGGUAUCUCGUUAAUCAUGCUAAUUAAGAGAUGCGAUUUCUAUUAUAUGAGAACUAUAUGGUCCACAGGCAUCAAUGUUAGGAAUAAUUUUUUACGAUACGAUGAUCCGUGUAUACGAUGUAGGAUGACGCACGGUGAAAUCCAACGAUCAAAAAAACACGAUCGUAUCACGAUCACUCCUCUCGAGAUCGAGAAGAAGAAAGUUUAAACUCGCGAGGAAUGGCCGUUUAGCGCAAUCGUUACCAUCGUGCCCUUUUUAAGAAUUUUCCCUUAUUGAUGGACAUACUACUAUCGCGAGUCAUUAAAAUAAACAUCGAGGGUUCGAGAAAAAGAAAAGGAACGACGAUGCGUAUGUUCAUCGUGAAAAACUAUUCGCUCGACACCCCCAUUGGCCCUAUGGUACCUGAGAAACCAGCGUAAGAUUGCUUUCUGCGGUUGCCACUGCGCUAUUAGGGUAGUUUGAGCGAAAUAACUAUUGUAAAAGGAAACUACUGUGGAAACAGGAACUGUUAUUGUUACACGAAUAAAGUAAAAUCCAUAUUACAUGA